AUGGCUGUGCCCACCGAACCCGUCGACCUGUUUACUGGCUGGCCUAACCCCGCGCUCCUCCCCGCCCCCGAUCUACUCCGCUCCGCCACUGCUCUCCUGACCAACCCCUCCAUCGCCAACCCGGCCCUACUGUAUGGUCCUGAUGAAGGUUCCGAGCCUCUUCGUGUCCACAUCGCAGAGUGGCUGGAGGCCUUUUAUCGCCCCCACUCCCCGAUUACGCCUCGCCGCAUAUGCAUCACUGGCGGGGCGAGUCAGAGCCUCGCCUGCAUCCUCCACGUCUUCACCGACCCAUUGUACACGCGGAAUGCCUUCAUGGUCGACCCAACUUACCACCUAGCCGGUCGAAUGUUUGAUGAUGCAGGCCUUGCGGAUCGUACGCGCCGAGUUCCCGAGGAUGAUGAAGGAAUUGAUUUGGAUUAUCUCGAAAAUGCUUUGCGUACGGCUGAAGCCAAGGCUGAAGCUGAAGGAAACUUGGACCCGAAAAUCAAGCCCCCACGACCCUGGCGAAAGAUCUACAAAUAUGUCAUCUAUGCGAUCCCCACCUUUUCCAAUCCGACCACGAAGAUAAUGUCUCUGGGCCACCGCGAGCAGCUCGUUCGCCUCGCCCGCAAGUAUGAUGCCUUACUGAUCACAGAUGAUGUUUAUGAUUUCUUACAGUGGUCAGCGACGCCGGGUAAGGAAUUGUCUCCCAACCAGGCAUGCGCCCCCCGCUUGGUGGACGUAGACCGCUACCUCGAUGGUGGCCCUAUCGAUGAAUGGGGCCAUACCAUCAGCAAUGGUAGCUUCAGUAAGCUACUUGGACCAGGGGCCCGCACUGGCUGGGUCGAAGCAUCCGAGAAGGUUGCGUAUGGAGCUUCGCAGGUAGGCUGCUCUCGCUCCGGUGGUGCCCCCAGCCACCUGUGUUCCACCAUUAUCGAUCAGCUGCUGCCUUCGGGGUUUCUGGAUAAGCAUAUCCGUCAAGUCUUGCAGCCAGCCUAUGCGGAGCGGUACCACUUGUUGCUCUCGGCCGUGCAAGAGCACUUGGUACCACUAGGUGUAACAGUGGCCCAGGCCUCAACGAACGUGGCUGGCGGGUAUUUUAUGUGGAUCACCUUGCCCUUUCCCCUGCUCGCUGUAGACAUUGUGGCGCAGGCGCAGACUGAAGAGAAGCUGCGUUUAGCUCCCGGCACUCUUUUCCAAGUACAAGGUGAUCCCAAUGGUUCAAGCGACCGAUUUGAUCGUCAGAUUCGACUCUGUUUUGCAUGGGCAGAACCGCGUCACCUGACCGAAGGAGUGCGUAGGCUUUCACGCGUCCUUCAGCGGGCACUCAAUUGA